AUGGAUAAUGGAGCUACUGAACGUGAAAUAUUUGAGGAAAAAUUGGAGAAAAAGCUGCAGGAUCCUAAUGCAGAACCAAUGUAUUUGCCACUGGAAUUUUUGAAAGUCAUCACAAGCGAUUUUUCCACUGAACGAGAACUUGGCAGGGGUGCAUAUGGAGUAGUAUACAAGGGAGUUCUCCAGAGUGGCAAAGCUAUUGCUGUAAAGAAGAUUUUUGAUGCACAUCUGUUGGACAGCAAUAAUAAAUUCGAGAAUGAGAUCACAUGUCUUAUGGGAGUCAGGCACCAAAAUGUAGUACAACUUGUGGUUGGAAGUUGGAGGAAAAGACUAGAACUAAUACCCAUGCAUAUGUCAUCGGAAAUGCAUAUCCAACAAGUGGAACAAUGCAUCUCUAUAGCCCUGAAGUGCCUGGAACCUGACUCGAAUAAAAGGCCUACUUCACUGGACAUAGUUCAAAGUCUAAAUGCAGAAGAAACAAAAUCUAGGUCUCUUGAAAACUCCACUAGUGUUGCUGAGAAUGUAUGA